AUGAACCCCAGCUUAAGAUCAGAGGCCCCCCGGGGGCCCCCAGAGCUGGGGGCCCCCCUGAGUGCUGCAGCAGCAGUGCAGACAGGCAUUGGGGGGCCCCCCGGGGGGGCCCCCAUGACUCAGGCUGGGGGCCCCCUGGGGGCCCCAGAGAGUCCCGCAGGGGCCCCUGGGGGCCCCACACAAAGGGGGGGCCUCCGAGCAGGCAGCAGCUCCCCUAGCCCUGCUCCCGUGUCUGCUGCUGCUCCGCUGCAGCAGGCAGCAACCCCACAGCUGCGAGCAGCAGCAACGCAGCAGCAGCAGCAGCAGCAGCAAGCACAGCCACUGCUGCAACCCGCUCUGGCCCAGCAGCAGCAGCCGCAGCUGCAGCCACAGCUGCAGCCGCAGCAGCAACAGAAGCAACUCCGCUAUCAGACACCGCUGCCGCCGCUGCCGCUGGAGCAGCAGCAGCAGCAGCAGCAGCAGCAGCAGCUGAAUCAGCCGCAGCCCGCACCUCAGCAGCAGCUGCGUCACCAGCAAGGACAAGAGCCUCAAAUGCCGCAGCAGCAGCAGCAGCAACAGCAGCAGCCACCCCGGCCGCCGCAGCAGCAGCAGCAGCUACGCCAGCAGCAGCCUCCUUCGCCGCAGCCGCUACCCUUAGUCUAUCAGCAGCAGCAGCAGCAGCAGCAGUUCCCAGCACCACAGCAGCAGCUUCGCCACUCGCAGCCGCAGCAGCAGCAGCAGCAGCCGCAGCAGCAGCAGCCGCAGCAGCAGCAGCAGCAGCAGGGUGGGGCGGUUGCUAGCGUAUUGCCGCCCCCUGGCAGCGCCUCUGGAGCCCCCGCGCCCGCCGCCGCCCCCCCCGCAGCAGCAGCAGCAGCAGCAGCAGCAGCAGCAGCAGCAGCAGCAGCAGCAGCGGGAGACAGCAGCGGGGAAGGCGCAGUGGUCUUAACAGAUGAAACUUUUGCUGCUUUCAUUGCUGCAGAGCCUUUUGUCUUAGUCUUAUUUUAUGUCCCCUGGUGCCACUGGUCAAGAGCAGCACUUCCCGAGUUCGACGCUGUAGCCAGGCUAAUGCAUGCGCGUUCUGCUGCAGCAGGGGGCCCCUCUGGGGGCCCCCCUGGGGGCCCCCCCGGGGGCCCCCCCGGGGGCCCCCCGGGGGGCCCCCCUGGGGGCCCCCCGGGGGGGCCCCUGCCCUUGGGGGCCCCCCCGGGGGGGGCCCCCGGGGGCCUUCAGGGGGCUGCAGCCUGGGGGGCCCCUGGGGGCCCCCAGGGGGCCUGGGGGGCCCCCGAAGACCCAGAGGGUACUGGCUGGGAAGUGCUGGGGGGCCCCCUGGGGGGCCCCCAGGGGGGCCCCUGGGGCCCCUCAGACUCGAUUAUUCUGGCUAAGAUUGACUGCGAUGAAAACCCAGAGACCCAAAAGGCUGAACAUGUGCUGGAGUACCCUAUUAUAAAACUAUACGUAGAUGGCAAGGCCCGGCAGUACACAGGGGGCCGCCGGCGGACGCAAAUCCUGGCCUGGCUAAACCACAGCCUGGGCCGAGAUGAGCUGCUGGAAAGUGUUGAGCAGCUGCAGCAAUUCAUGAGCAACAGCAAAGAAGGCAAUCAGCUUGUUGUUGCAGUCUCCCUCAGCAGCAACUCCGGCAGCAGCAGCAAACCAGGUAGCAGCAGCAGCAGCACAGCAGCAGCAGCCACUUUGGUCGCAGCUGCAAACCAAGUAGCGGCAGCAACGCAGGCAGCAGCAGCAACUAGGGUAGCAGCAGCAGCACAGGCAGCAGCAGCAACUAGGGUAGCAGCAGCAGCACAGACAGCAGCAGCAACUCAGUGGGAGCCCCCCUUCAUAGUGACGGUGCCUCGGGACCCGGAAGCUGCUGCUUUUGUGAAAUAUGAAAAUUCUUUUUCUGACAAAAAAGCCCUCGAGGCUUUUGUGAGGACUUUUAGCUGCCCCCUUAUUGUGUCCUUCGAGCCAGAGUCCAUCGAGCAGCUCUUCGACGACGGGCGUCCGCUGCUUGUGCUGCUGCUUGACGGAGAACGAGCUUCUCGCUCUUUGACUCGAGAGGGCCUCGUGGAUCCUUUUGUUGCUGCCUUUCAUGAAGUUGCUGCUGAGUUCAGGCCCCAGCUCAUCUUCACCGUUUCAGGGAACCAGGAGAGCCACGAGCGGCGUCUGUUCAACUUGUUGGGAGUUGACGAGGCCCUCAGCAGUCCCGAACUUCGAAUUGUUUCUUUUCUUCCAAGUGGUGGCAACAACAAGUACUAUCCCGCGAAGAAGUACAAGCCCCACAGGCCCCUCACCUUCAGCAGCAGCAGCAGCAGCAGCAGCAGCAGCAGCAGCAGCAGCAGCAGCAUGGACGGCAGCGGCAGCGGCAGCGGCAGCGACAGCAGCAGCAGCAGCAGCAGCAGCAGCAGCAGCAGCAAGCCUGUGUACUCGUUCCGCAGCAGGUCAAACUCCCACCACUUGAUAACCAACGCCUUGGCAGCAGCAGCAGCAAAGCAGCAGCAGCUAAGGGCCAGCAGCAGGAAGCAGCAAAGGGGUUUGGGGGCCCCCCGGAGGGCCCCCCCAGAAACAGCCUUUGACGCGCUGCAGCGGCAGCAGCAGCAAGAAGCAGAAAAAUACAUUCGGGCCUUUGCUAAAGAGUUCCUCGACGGCCGUUUGGUCCCCUACACCAACAGCGAGCCCAUUCCCCCAGCUAGCCAAAACACGGGCCCCGUCAAAACCAUCGUGGGCCUGACAUUCCAAGCUGAAGUCAUCGACUCCCCACACGACGUCUUCAUAGCCUUCGGCGCCCCCUGGCAAGCCCCAACCCUAAACCCUAAACCCUAA